AUGUCUGAUACACACCCUUUUGAUCCGCUUGGACCCCGGGAAAUUACUAAGGCAACAAAAGUUGUCCAAGAGCUACUCCAUAGAAAAAGCUUCAACUUUCGCGUCAUCACCUUGAAAGAGCCACCAAAGCAGGAGAUGAUAGCCUUCUUGGAGAGAGAACAUCUUGAGCAGCCCCAAGUCUCCCGACCUGCUCGUAUCGCUCAUAUCCAAGUCAUCGUUCGUAGUGACUCGGGGCCAAAUGAACUCACCGAGCUUCUGGUUGAUCUGGACCGGAGUGCUGUCGUUCACCGAGAGAUCCUUGUGGGAAAACACUCGUUUAUUGACUCGGCUUACAUGAAAGAUGUUGAGAAUGCUUGUAUGGCAGACGAAAGGGUACAAAACGAAGUCAAAAAGUUGAGGCUACCUCAAGGGGCCUCGGUCGUUGUUGAACCGUGGGCUUAUGCCACUGAUGGCAUGAACGACAUGUCGGAGCGGACUAGCAUGUGUUGGUUUUAUAUGCGACUGGUGGACAAUCCUGACGCCAACUAUUACGCAUAUCCACUUGACUUGUGUGCGGAGGUCUCUGAACAACUCAAGGUGACCAAGGUCUACCAUUUACCUUCAUCUGAGAGUGAGAGGGUUCAUGAAGAAACACGGCCAUAUGACUCUUGCAAGAUCCAUUCCACUGCUAUGAGUGAAUACCAUCCCAGUCUGCGACCACCACCGCGCACAACCACCAAGCCCUACCAGGUUGUCCAGCCGGAAGGGGUUUCCUUCAAGUCACACGGAAACCUGUUGACCUGGGAGAAAUGGACUAUGCGCGUGGGUUUCAACUAUCGUGAGGGUCUCACAUUGCAUGACAUCCGUUAUGACGGUCGGAGUCUCUUCUACCGACUGUCUUUGGCAGAGAUGUUUGUGCCUUAUGGUGACCCUCGUGCUCCGUAUCCACGCAAAGCUGCAUUCGACCUUGGGAACGACGGUGCUGGAAUUAACGCAAACAACUUAUCUCUUGGAUGUGAUUGCCUAGGACUAAUCAAGUAUUUUGACGGAUGGCACAACACUCACUCGGGAGAACCACUGAAAUUGCCCAAUGUCAUCUGCUGCCAUGAGCAAGAUGAUGGAAUUUUAUGGAAGCACACGAACUUCCGCACAGGAAAUGCCGCGGUCGCGAGAUCACGUAUCCUGGUCUUGCAGACAAUCAUCACGGUCAGCAACUAUGAGUAUAUCUUUGCUUUCCACUUUGGACAAGACGCUUCGAUUCAUUAUGAAGUUCGGGCCACUGGAAUCUUGUCUACCAGUCCCAUCAACAUUGGCGACGAAGUUGGAUAUGGUACUAUCGUUGCCCCGGGUGUCCUUGCGCCAUAUCACCAACACUUGUUCUCUCUUCGUAUCGAUCCUGCGAUUGAUGGAGUUGCAAACUCGUUGCAGGUUGAAGAGUCCAACCCUUUGCCCUUUAACGACCCAUCUGUUCGAAAUCCUUUCGGGAAUCGCACGUUCAAGAUCAUUAAUGAGGCGAAAGUCAAUACUAUCACCGAGUCUUUCCAUGCAAAGCGAUCCGAAUAUGGAAACCAUGCAAUCUGGAUCACCCGUUAUAACGAUGACGAGCUUUUCCCGGCUGGAAAACAUACCAUGCAGUCCCUUGGCGGCGAAGGGAUCAACUCAGCCAUUGCUCAGCGAAGAAAUGACCCGGACUCCAAGUCAGCAGUGCGAAACGAGGACAUUGUUAUUUGGCACACAUUUGGAUCGACGCACAAUCCGAGAAUCGAGGAUUGGCCAGUGAUGCCAUCUGAAAAGAUGGUGGUUGGUCUUAAACCGGUCAACUUCUUUAUGGGGAACCCGAGUUUAGAUGUUGCUGUGUCAAGUCAAGAGGAUAAUAAGAGUAGACUUGUUGAAACCGAGUCAACCAUAUGUUGCUCUUCCAAUUGA